AACCACAACAAAUAUGGCGGAAGAUUUAAAAAGGUUCAUUUUCGAAGAAAAGGAUAAUCUUCGACGUUACAAAUCCAACAUAGAUGCAAUUAUUCGAAAGUAUGACAGACACUUUCCAGAUGAUGCUGAAAUAGAUUUAACAACUCUGACCAGCAGUAGUUUUAGGGAUGAAAGUGUUGUUAAAAAGCUGAAGUCAAAACCAUUUGGUCAUUCUAAACUGUUCACUACAAAGAAGAAAGAACUAUCAGAAUCUGGAGCUAAUGGAAGUUGUACUGCCAAAGAUGAAUCUGUGUAUUCCAUGAUAACUGAUGCUGAUUCGAGUUUACAAGAAACGACUAUAAACAAUUGGAGUCCGUCUGAUAGAUAUUAUUCUGAUGUGGAAGAAACAUUCACCAAAGAAAUAAUCUCACAAUCUUAUAAAGCUGAACCUGUGAAUGAAGAAGAUUCAGAGUUCCUAGCAUUGAAAACUAGUUACUAUGAGAUAAUCAGUGAACAGAAUGAUGAACCUAGUGAUGCAGAGACCCUCAGUUCUUACUCCUCUGAGAGUGCUGGCGAUAUGGAGGAUGGGUCAGAGGACGGAGAUGACGAGGAUAGUCAGACUGACGACAAAGGUCCCCACCCCAUCGACAUCAUGGACCAAGAUACCAGCUCUCUGUCAUCUACAGAGGAAAAUGUUGGGGUUUUGAAUAAGAAAUAUGUUCAGUGUAGUGGUUUAAAAAAAGACAGAUGUGCAGUUUAUGAUGAAGUUGAUGGAUUUUUUCCAUGUAAGAAUAUAGAUAAAUCUGGUUAUACAACAACAACAAGACCUGGACCCAGAGAAAUAAUCAAUCCAAGCAUUAAAAAUCAAAAACCAAAGAACUAUGCUUCUGUAGAAACUAGCAAAUCAAUUAAUGCUAGCAGGUCAAAUGUUGAGUCUAAAAGAUCCCCAACUCAAGGAUAUAGCAACGUAGAUGAAAUGUUUAAGCCAAAUUUCAAUUAUAGAAAACCAGAGGACAUGAAAGCUAGUACAUUGGAUUAUCAACAAAAUGAAAGGAUUGAGAAAUGGCUGGAAGAUAUAAAUAAAGUGACUGGAAAGAACCAAGUCAAAAGUAAUUUUAAUUUCAUGAGUGGUCAUGGAUUUCAAAAUCCUAACCAAACUUAUAUUGUCCCAGAAAACAGCAAGGUAUUGUUCAACUUUCAUCCAGAGCAAAUCAAGACUCACAAACUACACGUGAAUCAUAAAGUCAAAACUGGUGUACAAGAUCAUUCUACAAAUGCAAUGCUGCAUACAAAAAAGUCACCAAAUAAUAAGAAUGAAUCAUCUGAUCUUCUAAUAAGCUCAAGAAAUGAUAUUGGAAAAUCAACAAAAAGAAUUGUUCCACUAACAUUAGCCUCAGACGUAUCUAACCAAGAAAAAAGAUCAAGAGAAAAGGAAAAUAGGAAUAUGAAGAAUAAACAAAGGCUUUCUUCAGACAAUACUUUAACAGAAGACAGAGACAGUUUGUCAGAGUUGAACAAAUUACAACCUUCAAAUUCCCAAGUAAAUGGAUGUGAAAGGCUAUUUUCAAGGGCACCUGUUAUUACACGAUUUGCUUCUCCAGAUAGAUUAUAUAAAAAGAUGAAAGAAAACAAAGUAGGUAUUGCAGCAAAGAUAAUCAUGACUGAGAGUAACGUACAAACUGAAGACAAAACUAAGAAUAAUCUCCAACCAGUUCAAAGAUUUACUCAUGAAUGGAAGAAACCAACAACAGUCCUGUCUCCUACACAAAGAAAAAUAAACGAAUGGGAGAAUGUAGACUUCAUUCUGGAAAAUGAUGAUAUGAACACAAAAACAUCUACACUAGUUGAAACCUGUAGAUUUUCUAAGGGAAGAAGUAACGUCGCACUCAGUACUCCAGCUAUUAAAUUUAAUGAAGAGAAAGUUCAUAAGAAGUCUACAAAUGUUAAGGAAUUUAGCUUUAAACCAACUUCUUAUGUUGAAUCACAUUGCAUUAAGGAAUAUGGUAUGAAACCUUCAAUAACAAAUAGAAAUUUUAACCAAAACAAUUCUUCAGAUAUGCCAUCAAAAUCAUCAUCAAAAUUCCACAAACACAACAUUGUUACUGAAAGUAUGUUUAAGGCAGGUGUAAACAGGAAGGACAUUCCAGAUUUUAAUACUUUAAGACAAAGCGAACAGUGCUAUCAUGACCAAAAGAAUCCAGCAAACUUCCACAUACCUGCUUCCUUCCAAAUGGCUGCUAGUGAAAAAUGGGUUUCUCCUGUAAGGUUACAAAACUUGCACAAGAGAGCAAGAAGGAAGUUUGUCCCUAAAAAAGAUACUACCAAUCUUAUAGAACUACUUUUUCAUCCGGAAGAAGAUGUAGUAAAACUUUUAUCUCCAAAAUCAUUUCAUAGAAAGUUUGAUAAACCAGUUGAUCCUAAAGUAAAACCAGUUCAGGAAACUCUUACAUAUCUGUCUACGUGCAGUAGGAACCAGUCUAUUGAAUCUAGUCACAAACAUCUGCAUCAGUCUGGAUCCAGACAUUGGAAUUGGCCUAAGCCCAACACAAACACAACCAAAUCUACUUUUGAUCAAAGCAUUGGAUCAUAUCAUGAGACAACAAUGACAAGAAACAAGCAUGAAACUUCACAGCUAAAUAGAAAUGCAUCUCCAUAUAGAAGUGCAAGAGAUUUAUCAAGCAUAGAAUCAUAUGUCAAUACAUCUUUCUGCUCUCCUGAAUUACAUAAGAAUCAACAGCAUACUUUACAGCUUCAAGAUACAAGUAAAUCAGUUCCAGCUAAGUUACUUCAAAAUUCUAGGAGUUCAGAGCCGUCUUGUUUGUUAAUGUCUCCUCUUGAGCAAAGGUUACAGGCCGUCAGCAGGACAAAGAUGAAAGCAAAACGAAGUCUGCAUAUGAUUGAGAAUGGUGAACAACAAGUCUUUAUGGAAACAAAUGAACAGCAGAUAAAGAGAUAUCACAACAAUGAAAUUGAGUCGCCUUUAGAUCAACAUACUCCGAGUAAAAAUCGUCCGUACCCCUUCAACUCAAAUGAACAAUCUCCAUCUACAAUUUUCUCUCGUCUGCUUCUUAGUACCCCAUCACCAGGGGGUCGUAAACGUUUUACAAAAUUUAAACUUUCUGAUCAACAAUCAACUCAGAUGGAUGACUUAUUUAAUAUUACAACCAAAAAAGAUGAAACUUUUAAAAAGCCGUCUUCCGAUUUUAGAAGAACAAAAACUGCCCCAGAAGUAAAAUGCAUGUUUAAUAGACAGUCAAAAACAAACUUGACAAGUAGAUAUGUUUCUAGUGAGAAUAAUAAAAAAACAUUUCUGGCAACAUCAAAUGUCAUUCAAAAUGAAGUAUGCAUAUCAACUGAGCAGAACAAACAAUCAUUAAAUACACACUUUAGCAAACCAACAAGAACGCAUUUAGAUAAAGACAACAGACGAAAUGAUCAAGAAAGAUAUGUUAUACCUGAUUUGUGUAGAGAUUCAAAUGGAAAUAGAAGAAGAGAGUUAUUUCAAAGUACACCAAUGAAAUCAAGAACUAGUAAUGUUUUUCAUCCGGACAAUACAAUGUCCACUAUUCAUGAUACCAUUUCAGAUGAUGAUUCAGAUUGUGAGGUUAUGACGAUUUCUACCUCGCCAUAAACUUUAUGAUGUUAUGACAAUAUCCACCUCAACCUAAACUUUAUUAGCACUUACAAUUUGAGAGAAUUUGGUGAGAUUGUAAACAACAAUAUAACACAUGCAUUUAAGUAUAUAAAGUUGGUUAUAAAAACAAAAUUUUCUGUAUUUAAUUUUCAAGAUAAAGCGUAUUAGUAUGUUAAUGUAUGGUAAACUAUUUUAAGCCUCAAUAUGGUUCUAUGAAUUUAUUUUUAUUUUUUUGUAUUUUUGUUUUGUUUGAUGGGGUCUAAUACUUGUGUGUAUGUACUGCCAUAAAAAUCAUGAUGCAUACAGUUUUCAUCUGUUUAUCUGUCAGCAUAUCUUUGAUUAUAUCAGCCUGUCAACUAUUUAAAUUCUUACGAUUAAAAUAAAUUUCAAGGGAUUACAAAGUUAAGUUUCAUGGUUGAAAGUCUAAACAUUUGUGGUCCCUCAUUAUUAUGAUUGAAAGAUCCAAAUUAACAUGAUGAAGUGAUAAUUUUAGGUUAAUAUUAAAGUUGUUUGAUGUGUAGAAGGGAGCUGAUGUGAAGCUGUUAAAAUCAUUCAAAAGAAUAAAACUUGAAAGUUCCACAGUGAAUACACGCAGCUGUACACUAUUUCUGAUUUAUGUAAAAAGUUUCAUUGUUUACAGAUCUAUAAAUCUAGAUUCUAGUAAAGACUUCACAAAAUGGAUGUGAGAGAAAAAAAUGUUUACUAGUUAUGACUUAAUUUGUUUACAAUGAUAUAAACAUACAUUUUUAAGCUAGAUUGUUAUUAAGUGCAAUGUUAUGAAACUUGAUGAUAAAGAAUAAGAAGGUGUGAACAAUAAAGAAUUUAUCAAAAUGAUUGUAUGAAAUAUAUUGGUAAAUGUUAAAAAGGUUUUGUUUUUUUUAGUAAAUGUAGUGUUGGUACAAUACUUUGUAAAAAAGACACCUAGAUGUCAAAAGAAUAAGCACGAAGUAGUCACUGUUUAUUCUGGUUGCAUGAUUUUAAUUCAAAUUAUCCAGAAAGAUAGAAUGUAUAGGAAGUGGAAGAAAACUGUUUAUUUCUAGGCUGAUGGUCCAAGGCAAUGUCACAAUUUUGUCACUGAAAAAAAAAUCGUCGUUUUAUCUUCUUUUUUUAUGCUCCAUUUAUGGACAUUAUGUUUUCUGGUCUAUGUGUUCAUCCCUCUGUCCGUCCGUUUGUCCCACUUCAGGUUAAAAUUUUUGGUCAAGGUAGUUUUUUUAUGAAGCUGAAGUCCAAUCAACUUGAAACUUAGUACCCAUGUUCCUUAUGAUAUGAUCUUUCUUAUUUUAAAGCAAAAUUAAACUGUUAACCCCAUUUUCAUGGUCCACUGAACAUAGAAAUCAAAAGUGCGAGUUUCAGGUUAAAGUUUUUGGUCAAGGUAGUUUUUGAUGAAGCUGAAGUCUAAUCAACUUGAAACUUAGUACACAUGUUCCUUGUGAUAUGAUAUCUUUUAUUUUAAAACCAAAUUAGACUUUUGACCCCAUUUUCAUGGUCCACUGAACAUAGAAAUUAAAAGUGUGAGUUUCAGGUUCAAGUUUUUGGUCAAGAUAGUUUUCGAUGAAGUUUAAGUCCAAUCAAUUUGAAACUUAGUACACAUGUUCCCUUUUAGUUGAUCUUUUUACUUUUAAGGCCAAAUUAGAUUUUUACCCAAUUUUACGGUCCAUUGAACAUGGAAAAUGAUAAUGCGAGUGGGGCAUCCGUGUACUUUGGACACACUCUUGUUACUCAACUUUUAUAUUUGGUCUUGUCUAUAAGGAAAACAAUUUUUAUAAUCACUAACCCAACAUAUAUUUUUGUUGUGUAAGGUUAGAGAAAUAAAAAUUGUCGAUGUUUUCUGCAUACUUUAUUGUUCUUACUUAUUCAUUCCCAAUCCAAAAGUCAUUGGAAACUCAACUAGUCUACAAAAAAUGUGUUUGCAUCAAAACUUGAUUUACAUACACAGUA